CCUGAACGAUAUCGCCUUCCUUUUUCGUUCUUGCGAUUUUACCACCAUGACUGACAUGGACAACCGGUAUGCCAUGAAAACGCUUGGCGACGAGAGCCACCGGAAGCUGCUCAGCAAUGACGACGACGAAGAAGAAGUAGGAGAGAAUGAGACCCUCAUUCGCCAGCAGCCCGUACCAUCAGAUCCGCGAUUCGACCAACCAACACCAUCACCUUUCGCUCGCGCAGGGCUGCUGCUACUGGUCACCUUUUUGUUUUGGCUGGCAUUUUCACUACGAAAGGCGGUGUGGGAGGGUAAAUCCUCAGAAAGGUCGUCAGAUACAUCCUGGUGAUGGGAGGGAAGGUAGAUAUUCGCAAAUUGUGUUGGUGAUGAAGGCGCAUGUCGGCGCCUUAUAUUUACUAUCGCCCAGGGAUAUAUCAGGGUGACAGCACCUGAUCGACCCGCAUAGCAACUGAUAUAAUAGUACCCUACACCUCAAUAGCACUCAAAUAGUGCCCCACCUUUAAGGCAGAAAUAGUACUAUCGAUGGCAUUAUCUAUUGGCAGCAGCUCCCGCCUAUCGGCUUCUGGAUCCGCCAUCCCGUACAACAAUUUCGUCGGCCCAGAUGCGCAUCCCGCCUCUUUGGCGUCGCGUCGCGUCUGCUGGGCGCAUUUGUGACUUAAAAAAUCCAGAAAAAUG